GUCGGAUGGGGCCAACCCCGCAGCUCUUGGCACGGGAUGAGUUAUUGCGUCUGCAGCCAACAGCGGGUUUCUUGCUGGGAAGCGAAGCUCUUCCGAGGAUUUCAAGGGCUUCCAGCAGCAUAAAGGGACUCUGGGAGGGGCCAGUGGGGAAGGAUGUUUUCCUCCGUGAAGCCGUAUGAGAACCAGCGCUAUGCCUCCCUGAAGAAGGAGUGCCUGCGGCGGAAGCAGCUCUUUGAGGACCCUCUCUUCCCUGCCAACGAUGACUCGCUCUUCUACAAGUCAAGGAUCCAGGGCAUCCAGUGGAAGCGGCCAAAAGAAAUCUGCGACGAUCCCCGUCUCUUCGUGGACGGGAUCAGCUCCCACGACUUACACCAGGGCCAGGUCGGAAACUGCUGGUUCGUGGCCGCCUGCUCCUCCCUGGCAUCCCGCGAGUCUCUGUGGCAGAAGGUCAUCCCAGACUGGAAGGAGCAGGAGUGGAACCCCGAGAAACCGGAGAGCUACGCAGGGAUCUUCCACUUCCAGUUCUGGCGCUUUGGUCAGUGGCUGGACGUGGUGAUAGAUGACCGCCUGCCCACGCUCCACAACCAGCUCAUCUACUGCCACUCCAACUCCAGGAACGAGUUCUGGUGCGCCUUGGUGGAGAAAGCUUAUGCCAAGCUGUCAGGAUGUUAUGAGGCCCUGGAUGGAGGCAACACAGCAGAUGCACUGGUAGACUUUACUGGUGGGGUGUCUGAACCAAUUGACCUGACUGAAGGGGACUACAUCACUGAUGAAGCCAAGCGAAACCUCCUGUUUGAGCGUGUGUUGAAGGUGCACAACCGGGGAGGCCUCAUCAGCUGCUCCAUCAAAGCCACAUCAGCGGCUGACAUGGAGGCCCGCCUGGCCUGCGGGCUGGUGAAGGGCCACGCGUAUGCGGUGACAGACGUGAGGAAGGUCCGCCUGGGUCACGGCCUGCUCUCGUUCUUCAAGUCGGAGAAGCUGGACAUGAUCCGAAUGCGGAACCCAUGGGGUGAACGGGAGUGGAAUGGCCCUUGGAGUGACACCUCUGAGGAAUGGCAGAAAGUGAGCAAAAGUGAAAGAGAGAAGAUGGGGAUGACGGUGGAAGAUGAUGGAGAGUUCUGGAUGACCUUCGAAGACUUCUGCAAAUACUUCACGGACAUCAUCAAGUGCCGUCUCAUCAACACAUCCUACCUCAGCAUCCAUAAGACCUGGGAGGAGGCAGUGCUCCAUGGGGCGUGGACCAGAAGUGAAGAUCCCCUGAAGAACCGCAGUGGAGGCUGUAUCAACCACAAGAACACCUUUUUGCAGAACCCUCAAUAUGUGUUUGAUGUGAAGAAGGCAGAAGAUGAAGUGCUGAUCUCCAUCCAGCAGAAGCCAAAAAGGACCAGUCGCAAAGAAGGCAAAGGAGAGAACUUGGCCAUAGGCUUUGAUAUCCAUAAGGUGGAGCUGAACAGGAACUACCGCAUGCACACCCUGCAGCAGAAGGUGGCCAGCUCCAUCUACAUCAACUCCCGCAGCGUCUUCCUGAGGACGGACCUGAAGGAAGGCCGCUACGUCAUCAUCCCCACCACGUUUGACCCUGGGCACGAGGGCGAGUUCCUUCUCAGGGUUUUCACAGAUGUGCCUUCAGAUUGCCGAGAGCUGACGCUGGACGAGCCACCACACACCUGCUGGAGUGGGAUGUGUGGCUACCCGCAGGUGGUGUCCCAGAUCCAUGUCCUUGCUGCAGCUGGGCUCAGGAACCAGGACUCCCAAGGAGGAGCUGACCCGUACGUGAUCAUGAAGUGCGAAGGGCAAAAGGUUCGCUCCCCAGUGAAGAAGGACACGGUGUCUCCAGAGUUUGAUGUGAAAGGCCUCUUCUACCGCAAGAAGCCAGGACAACCUAUCAUAGUCCAGAUCUGGAACCACAACUUGAUAAGUGACGAGUUCUUGGGCCAGGUGGCACUCACGGCAGACCCCAGCGACCUGCAGUCAGUGCACACGCUGCACCUCCAGGACAAAGGGAACAGGAGAUCAAACGACCUGCCUGGCACCAUCGCCGUGAGGCUGCUCAGCAGCAACGUUCUCACCAACGUCUGAGCCCUCAGGGACUCUUCUCAGGUGCCACAUAUGUAUAUAUACACAUACACAGACGUGCACACGCAUAUAUAUACACCCAGCCUCUCUACCGCCUGCAAGUGUAUAUGAACGAUGCAUGCAUUCCACUCAAAGGAGCCAAAUUUGUGUUUUCAAUGUUCGAAAUGGUGCCUUUUGGGGGAACCGCAACAAUCCUUCUGCCGGCGUCCUCUGCAGCCCCAUCACCGCCGCGCACCCCGGGGCAUCUCUGCCUGUCCCGACAGCCGGAGCACGAUGCCCGGGUGCUCUUUGUUUACACGGGGCUGGCACGCACGUGCCACCACGCACACGUGUGGCUGCCGUGGUGCCACCAGCCGCUUCGACGCAUCUUCAGUGUGUCUGCUUGGGUUUAGAGUAGGGCGCGGGGAGUCUUCUCCCCGUGAAUUGCCAUUUAAUCGCUUAUCCGAGGAGGCCACACCAGCAAAGCAGAAGUGGAAAAAUAGAUUGGGGCUUUUGGGAUGUUUUCUGUGUUUCUGAAGGAUGCAAAGAUGCCAAGAACCGUGGAAGGACAGCUGUUCUCCAGAGCCAGUUUUUUUGAGCCGGUCUGGUCUCACCUCCUGUGUGUGCCUCUCAAACUGCCGUGGUGCCUGCUGUCUCCAUUUCUUCGUGCAGCCCCUGUCUCUAGAGCUUGAAUUUGGCUUUUGGUUGGGUUGUCUGCUGGGUACAUUCAACAUUUAGGUAAGAGGAGAACAGUUCCUCCAAAGGCCAGGUCUGAUGGAUGAGGAGCUUUGCUCAACAGGCAUCAGCUUUACUGCUGCAGACAGAUCUCCAUCGCAUCGUUUCUCAGUGCUUCACUUUCCCAAAUUCUUUUUGAAAGCCGUGGGAUUUUAUCUUGUACUAAAGGAGAGGAACACUACUCCCAGCGCAGCCUGAAAAUGCUAGAAAUAUUUAAUUCACACCAAUGUCCAUCUCUCUCCUUUAAUUUCCAUCUGCUGGCCUGGAGGAUGAGCUGCAUGGGGCUAAAGUCAGUCCCACAAGCACAACCUAAACACGUUUUCAGGGGUCUGAGCACAGUCCUGCAGUGUGCAGGAUCGUGCUUUGCUCCUGUUUGCCAUGAACCCUGGGUUUAUCUUCCCUAUUCCACUGGGUGGCAGAAUCUGGCUUCGUUUAAACCAUCCCAGCUGAGGGAAAACAAGCCCUUGUCUGCCCCAUCUGAUCAAGGCACACUGCAAAGCAUUUUUAGUUCUGUUGUUUAGGUGUAGGGUUUUUUAUGUGCCUUUCAGAAUGGUGUGAGUUAAGGGUUUUUCUGUGAACUCGACAUGAUUUUCUAACAUGCAGAUCUUCUGCAGUCACCUCCGCGCAAGGGGAAGGGAACACACACGAUGCAAUGCUUCCUGUAAAUGGGAUUUUUUUUAAUAGGUACAAGGCAGUCAUGAUAAAUUCUGGCCUGAGCAGAGUCCUCUGGAUGCUAGGCCAAGUGAUCACGCAAGCUCUCUACUGCUAAAGCAAGUAGGAUUUCCAUCCGUCCUGCUCAAUGCCCAUGUUUAUGCUGUAAAGCUGUAAUUAUUUUAAGUCCCUAAAGAUCUGCUAAGUCUGUAACAUGGCGAGUUGUUUCCCAAAGUCAAAUUAGCUGCCAGCUCCAA